AACAGUAAGAAUUUGAUGCUCAAGAUGAAACGUUAGUUGGGCCUUAUCCGCCGACAGACGACAGUCAACACUCCCAAGAUGGCGGAAGAAGCACCUGACGACCGCGCAACUCCACUCCUCCGCCGCCAGUGGUGGCGGAGGCACCUCCACGCCCUCUCGUUGUCCGAUUCGCUCCGUCUGAAAACCUCUAUACCCGCCGAGCUCGGCGGAUCCGUUGGCGACCUCGGCACCUACAUCCCCAUAGUCCUAGCCCUCACUCUAGUCAAUAAUCUCGACCUUAGCACAACCCUAAUCUUCACCGCCCUCUACAAUAUCGCCACCGGUCUCAUCUUCGGCAUCCCCAUGCCCGUCCAGCCUAUGAAAUCCAUCGCCGCCGUCGCCGUUUCCGAAACCCCUCACCUCACUCUCCCCCAAAUCGCCGCCGCCGGGUUGUCCACCGCCGCCUUUCUCCUCAUUCUCGGCGCCACCGGUCUCAUGUCUGUCUUCUACAGAAUCAUCCCCCUGCCCGUCGUCCGCGGCGUCCAGCUCUCCCAAGGCCUUUCCUUCGCCUUCUCCGCCAUCAAAUACGUUCGCUACAACCAAAACUUCACCUCUACCUCCGCCAGCAGCUCCACUCCUAGACCUUGGUUAGGCUUCGACGGGCUUAUCCUUGCACUAAUCUGCCUCUCGUUCAUCAUAUUAGUCACCGGAUCCGGAGAAGCAGUCGAAGAAGAAUCUGAAAUUUUGUGUCAGGGAACUGCUGAAGAAGAGCGGCGCAGAGUAAACCGCCGAUUGAGAACGCUGUCGAAAAUUCCGUCAGCCCUAAUUGUGUUCUUAGUCGGGUUAAUCCUCUGUUUCAUCCGUGAUCCGUCAGUCAUACACGAAAUCAAGCUCGGUCCGUCAAAAUUCCAGGUCCUAACAAUCACAUGGGAAGAUUGGAAAACCGGGUUCCUCCGGGGAGCAAUUCCUCAAAUUCCAUUAUCAGUUUUAAAUUCAGUUAUAGCAGUUUGUAAGCUAUCAGCAGAUUUGUUCCCAGAAAGGGCUGGAUCGGCAGCUAAAGUAUCGAUCAGUGUAGGGUUGAUGAACAUGGUAGGGUGUUGGUUCGGGGCAAUGCCGUGUUGUCAUGGUGCAGGAGGGUUGGCUGGGCAGUACAGGUUCGGUGGCCGCAGCGGGUUGUCUGUGGUGUUUCUGGGAGUGGGGAAGCUGGUUGUCGGUUUAUUGAUCGGGAAUUCAUUAGUUAGGAUCUUGAAGGAAUUCCCGAUCGGGAUUCUUGGAGUGCUCCUGUUGUUUGCUGGGAUAGAAUUGGCUAUGGCUUCGAGGGAUAUGAACACAAAGGAAGAGUCUUUCGUGAUGCUGGUCUGUGCUGCCAUUUCUCUCACAGGUUCAAGUGCUGCACUGGGAUUUGUGUGUGGGGUUUCACUCUUUCUGGUGAUCAAACUUAGGCGCUUGGCUUGCUCUACCCUGGGCUUUACCUCCUCCUACUCCUAGCUUUUAGGGCAUAAGCCUCAAAAUGUUCUGUUAAUAUAACCUUUAAGUCUUUAACUUCUUGGGCACACUAGAGUGUUAAUUGAAAAUAAAACAUAUGUGGCUAGGAUUAAUAAAAAAAAAAAGGACUGAAAGUCUGAAUUCUACUAUAUUAAUAGUGUGGCUUGGAUUAAGAAAAAGUUC